UCUUCACAUCACUUGUUUUCGGUUCUGUCAGUCCCCCGGCUCAAUUCCUCAAACUUUCUCUCCCUCUCUUUAGAUUUACAGCUCCACUACGCAAACAUAUAGAGUAAGUCAAAAUAAUCAACGCAGUGAGAGAAAAAAGAGAGAAAAACUCCAGGGUUUCUGUUUUGAUCAUUCACUCAAUUACUGCAUUUGGGAGUAUUUUGAAUUUGAAGAUGCAUUUUGGGUUCUUGGUUUCAUUUCCAUUGAUAUCGUAGAAGAAGAAUGGAGAUUCAGAUAAGUAUAAUAGUUUCUAUACUUUUACUGUUUCAGUCUAGUAGUAUAAUAUCAGGGCAGCAACCAAAAGUUAGAUUAAGCUCAAGAACAGAAAGACUAGCAUUACUUGAACUAAGAUCAACAUUAGGGUUAAGAAGUAAAGAUUGGCCAAGAAAAUCAGACCCAUGUUCAGGUUGGAGUGGUAUUAAGUGUAGAAGUGAUGGUAGAGUCAUUGAGAUUAACAUAUCUGGAUUAAGACGGACUAGAUUAGGUCGUCUUAAUCCUCAGUUCUCUGUUGAUUCUCUUGGAAAUUUUACUCAUCUGACAACAUUUAAUGCUUCUGGUUUCUCACUUCCUGGUUCAAUUCCAAACGUAUUCGGUGAAACAUUAAAUUCCUUAGAAAUUCUUGAUCUUCGUUAUUCUUCUGUUAUUGAUCCAAUUCCACCUUUGCUUGGUAAUUUGAGUAAUCUAAAUCAGCUUUAUUUAUCAGGUAAUGGAAUUACCGGUAUAAUUCCUGAAACAUUAGGUCAAUUGUCGAAAUUGUCUGUGCUUGAUUUGUCUCAAAAUUUGAUUACUGGAUCUAUUCCUGUCUCAUUCGGUUCAUUGACUAAUCUCGCUAGUCUUGAUCUUUCUUGGAAUUUUUUAGCGGGUCCCAUUCCUCCUUCCCUAGGAACUCUGAAACGCUUACAAUUCUUGAAGCUUUCUAAUAAUAGUUUAUCAGCUUCAAUUCCUGCUCAACUUGGUGAUCUUUCUAGUUUAGUGGAACUCGAUCUUACAACAAAUUCUUUAUCUGGGUCUUUACCCAUAGAUCUUAAAGGGUUGAGAAAUUUGAAGAAAAUGUUGGUUGGGGAUAAUAUUCUAGAUGGGACGUUGCCUGGAAACCUGUUUACUAGUCUGAAUAAAUUGCAGUUUGUGGUUCUCAAUCACAACAAUUUGUCCGGUCCUCUCCCUGAUGUAUUGUGGUCAAUGCCUGAAUUGCGUUUUGUUGAUGUCUCGUACAAUAACUUAACCGGCAUUCUUCCAAGUCCAAGAUUGAGCGAUAAUGCCAGUGCCAGGGUGUUGAACCUCUCAAACAAUCAGUUCUAUGGAAAUUUGGAUUCCAGUUUUGUGAGCAUCAGCUUUAUUGAUCUGUCUGGUAAUUAUUUUGAAGGUAAGGUAGCUGAUGAAGCCCUCCUGAUGAAUUCUUCUCUCACUAGUAAUUGUCUUCAAAACCUACCAAGUCAGAAAAGCCUGGAAGAUUGUACAUUCUUUUAUACAGCUAAAGGCUUGCUUUUUGACAACUUUGGGUUGCCAAAUACAACUCAACCACCCAAAGCUUCACCAUCAAGGAAAAAAAGCAGAAAGUGGAUAUUCAUAUUGGUGGGAGUUUUAGGUGGUCUUUGUGUCAUUGCACUUCUGGUGUUGAUGCUUUUGUUGUGUUUGCGUAAGCGUGAAAGAGGCGUUGCUGAUCAAACGACAAGGUCCGUUACGGACACUCCCCCUGUUGGAGGCACUCCAGGCCCUUCUGGGGGAUCUAAAGAUUUCUCAGAAGUGGGAGAAGUGUUUACAUAUGAGCAACUACUGCGUGCCACGGGGGGUUUUAGUGAAUCAAACCUUCUCAGGCAUGGUCACUCUGGAGACCUCUUCCAAGGUGUUUUGGAAGGUGGGACUAUUGUAGUCAUCAAGAGGGUUGAUAUCCGCAUGAUGAAGAAAGAAUCAUACAUGGUGGAGCUGGACUUGUUUGGUAGGGUUUCUCAUACCAGACUGGUCCCAUUCUUGGGCCAUUCUUUGGGGCAUGACAAUGAGAAGCUCCUAGUAUACAAAUAUAUGCCAAAUGGGGACUUGUCGACAUCUUUGUACAGAAAAACAAGGGAGGGCGAUGAAGGUUUGCAGACUCUGGAUUGGAUAACAAGACUUAAAGUUGCAAUUGGAGCUGCAGAAGGUCUUUCUUAUCUACAUCAUGAGUGUAAUCCUCCUCUCGUUCACAGAGAUGUUCAAGCAAGUAGUAUACUUCUAGAUGAUAAAUUUGAAGUGCGGCUUGGAAGCUUGAGCGAGAUAUGCUCUCAAGAAGGGGAUACUCACCAAAGUGUUAUCACGAGGUUGCUGAGAUUGCCACAGAGCUCUGAACAAGGCUCUUCUGGCUCGUCUGCAGCAAUUUGUGCUUAUGAUGUUUACUGCUUCGGGAAAGUACUACUUGAGUUAGUAACAGGAAAGUUGGGAAUUAGUUCAUCCAGUGAUGCUACAACAAAUGAGUGGUUAGAACAUACAUUACCGUACAUUAGUAUAUAUGAAAAGGAGCUAGUAACAAAGAUUUUGGAUUCUUCUCUCAUGGUCGAUGAUGACCUCUUGGAGGAAGUCUGGGCUAUGGCUAUUGUUGCGAAAUCCUGCUUAAACCCUAAACCAUCAAAACGGCCUCUUAUGAGGUACGUCUUAAAAGCGUUGGAGAAUCCUUUGAAAGUGGUAAGGGAAGAAAACACCGGCUCAGCAAGACUAAGAACAACAUCAUCUAGAGGAUCUUGGAAUGCAUCUGUUUUUGGCAGUUGGCGUCACAGCUCGUCUGAUAUCACAAGUGCUCCUGGUCAAACCACCACCAGAGAGGGAGUCGGUAGCAGCUUAAAACACUUAAGCACAAUAGGUUCCCAGGGUAGUGGUGGAGGUGACCUCUCAACGUCCAACAAAAAGCCGUCUAGCGACAUCUUUCCAGAACCUUCAGAUUUGCCAGACAUUGAGAGGCCAAGAGCAGAUUAAUACACAAAAAGUGGAAUUUUACAAUUCUUUAUGAAUAAUAAUACAGGUAGGUUCCCAUACGAUUGCCCUGCUCAUCGACCUCGUCUCUCUCGAGAGAGGGAGGGAGUGAUUAUUGUGUUGACAGUUGUAAAGUCAAAUUUGUUAAUUUUGUGAUAAGGUACAUGGCAUGUGUGUUGGCAACAGUGAUUGGAUAGGUGGGGGAACAUGGAAAGAGUAAAAUUCUUAACUGGGCAAUUUUUUGAUUUUGAGUGUUCAAAACAGAUGUGAAUAGUCAUUGAGAGAAUGACCCGAAGUUGUACUGCCAAGAGGAGGUUUGUUUUGGUCCAAAAUUUGGGUGAAGUUUCUAUCUGUAAUUGAUCAUUUUUAUUCAUCAAUUUUUUUAUUUUUCACAAUCUGGAAUGUAAAUUGUAACUGCUACUUUCAUUUUUCUCUCUUUCUUUUAUCAAUACCAAAUGUUAUUCAUUUUUCCUUUUUCCA